UUCGUACAAAUCACAAUCACAGACACGAGCGCCGCUCAUAAAAAUCCAAAAUAAAUUUACAAAUACCGAAAAAAAUAAUAAGAAUGUCUGUAAGCGCGAGGGAGCCAUGGCUGAUGGAGAACGGAAACGUGAAGGUUUUGACGAGGGAGCGACAUGGCCGAACUGCUCAGAACAUGUCGUCGUCUUCGCUUCGCAAGAAGUCCGAUAUGGCCCUCGUUUCCAGAGUCCCGUAUAGCUGUCUGAGAAUGUUUUUAAGUAAUGUUCAAGAGGUUGUGUUGGGGACUAAGCUUGCUGUUCUCUUCAUUGCAAUCCCUCUGGCCAUUGUAGCUCACUAUUUCAACUUCGGAAAAACGUGGGUAUUUGCUUUCAGCUUAAUUGGCCUCACUCCAUUAGCUGAGCGAAUCAGUUUCUUGACCGAACAAAUUACAUUCUACACUGGCCCCACAGUUGGAGGGCUUCUGAAUGCAACAUGUGGGAAUGCUACAGAGCUUAUAAUAGCACUGUUUGCUCUGUGGCAACACAAAGUUGAUGUUGUCAAGUACUCACUCUUAGGUUCCAUUCUUUCUAACCUCCUUCUGGUUCUUGGUACCUCUCUCUUCUGUGGUGGCCUUGCCAAUCUACAUUCCGAGCAAAAAUACGACAGGAAACAAGCGGAUGUGAACACUGUGCUUCUGUUGCUGUCAUUGCUAUGCCACAUUCUGCCAUUGAUGUUUCGGUAUGCUGGGGAUGCUGCGGCUUAUAGUUCGAGUGAUGCACUCCAGUUGUCAAGAGCAAGCAGCAUACUAAUGUUGGUUGCAUACAUUGCUUACCUUUUUUUCCAGUUGUGGACUCAUCGCGAAGUUUUUGAAGCCCAAGAGGAAGAAGAUGAUGAUUUGAUUUCGGAUGAAGCACCUGUUAUAGGAUUCUGGAGUGGAUUUAUUUGGCUAGCUGGAAUGACUGUUGUUAUAUCAGUGUUAUCUGAGUAUGUUGUUGGCACUAUUGAGGAAGCAUCAGCCUCCUGGGGAUUAUCUGUUAGCUUCAUCAGCAUCAUUCUAUUGCCAAUUGUCGGAAAUGCAGCUGAACAUGCUGGAGCAGUCAUUUUUGCUUUCAAGAACAAGCUGGAUAUAACUUUGGGUGUUGCUCUUGGUUCUGCAACACAAAUUGCCUUGUUUGUGGUUCCUGUCAGUGUAGUUUUCGCCUGGAUAUUGGAUAUCAACAUGAAUCUUGACUUCAAUCUCCUCGAAACUGGCUCCCUUGCUCUGUCAGUUUUAGUCACAGCAUUCACUCUACAGGAUGGCACUUCUCACUAUAUGAAAGGAGUGGUUCUUCUGUUGUGCUAUGUAGUUAUUGGUGCAUGCUUCUUCGUUUCAAACGGUUCAACAACUAAACAAGGGAAUGGUGUCAAUCUGGGACUUAACUCAUCUAGCAAGGAGCUCUUCAGAAUCUGAUAAACUCUAUAUAGAUUUGGGAUCUGUGGAGCCAUUUCAUAUCAGAGUUCAGUGAAGAGGCAUCAAAAUGAUUCUUUGGUUGAAUUUCUUGGUCUCAACUGCAGAGGAUGGGAUAUUAUCCCUGUAAAAGUUUGUUUUGAAUAUGUAUUCGGCACAAUUUUGCGGAUGUUUAGGAAUUUUGUGCUGGAUAUAUCUGUGUUAUCUUCUUCCUAUGCAUACAUUGGACCUGACCACAUAUAUUUGAAAUGCUUUUUAAUUUCUUCUC